AUGAGUCUUCAAGUACUGUUAUUAAUGAUUAUUUUUAUGCGUUUGUUCAUUUGUUAUAAUAUACCGUCCUUUUUUGCACAUGCGGAUCAUAGUCAAUCAACUACUUUCAUGUGUUCCAAUAGACGUACUAUUUUCUUAUGUGUAUGUUCGGUGGUUUUUUUUCAAGCACUUUACUAUAUUAUAACACUACAAGUUAAGCAAAGCCAGGUAACAAUCGACGAAUCCUCGUCGUCACUCUUGUCGAUGAAUAUACAAAAUCAAUCGUCAGAUCUACGUCAUGCAAAUAAUCAAUUGUUGCAAUCGAAUCUAUCGUCAUUGGUUUCUGAGAAAAUUAACAACACUCGUGAAACUACUGUAUCAGUCAAUUUAACAACUAAAAUUUCCUCACUUAAUGUUACCUUGACUGUUACAACUACUAUCAUUACAACUACAACUACAUCCGUAUUGCUUUCAAUUCCAUUUCAGAAUGCUUCAUUCUAUUCAUCUUUCAAUUCAACAUUAGCGGAGUUGAGUGCUAGCAAUUCAUUACCACUAUGUAAUUUCUCAAUAUCAAAUAAUGACAGUUCGAUAUACAAAGUAAUAGUAAAUCAAACACUCUAUCCGUAUAAUAUUAUUGAACAACAAGUUGGAAAACUUUUACAUGCAGGCGGACACUUUGUUCCGACAACUUGCCGAUCGGAACAACGUGUAGCUCUGAUCGUUUGUUAUCGGAAACGCGAGCAACAUUUGAGAAUGUUUCUGGAUAAUAUUCAUCCAUUCUUACAAAAGCAAAACUUAGAUUAUACGAUUUUUGUUGUCAAUCAACAUGGAAACGAAGAUUUCAACCGUGCUGCUCUAUUCAAUGUUGGCUAUUUAGAAGCCAUGAAAUUGUAUCCAUUUGAUUGUUUUAUUUUCCACGACGUUGAUCUUCUACCAGAAGAUCUAAGAAAUGUUUAUAAAUGCGGUGAUCAACCAAGACACAUGUCAGUUGCUGUUGACAAAUUCAACUACAAACUUCUUUAUUCCACAUUAUUCGGAGGGGUAACAGCCUUUCGUUUAUCAGAUUUUAUUGCUGCCAAUGGUUAUCCCACUGUUUAUUGGGGAUGGGGCGGAGAAGAUGAUGAUAUGUACUUACGUGUUGUCAAAAAACUGAAAAAAUCCAUAACACGUUAUCCAAUAGAGAUCGCGCGUUAUAAAAUGAUCCGCACUCACGAUCAUACAUCGGGAACAGCCAAUCCUCAUCGUCAUACAAUUCUCUAUUCCAAGUAUGACUAUGGUCUUGACGGAAUCAAUACAACAAAUUACACAAUUCAUCGUGUAACUUUCUAUAAAUUAUUCACUCUAAUCAAUGUGACACUGCCACAAGAACCGUUCGAACAGAUUCGAACACGUCUGCGUAUAAAAAAGAAAAAAUAA